GCCGUAGAACAGUCUCCGUCCGAGAAUUUCACAUCCGUUAUCGCCACACACGACUGCAACACACCAAAUAAAUUAAUUAAUUUCGUCUGAUAUUACGUAACAACAAAUUAACUUCGGAAACUUUCUCUUAAUAAAUUACGACGACAACAACAACAAUAUAACUCAAGUAAUAGGUAGCCAUUUUGACGAACCGUUGGUGAGGACCACUGUUUUCUCAGUGCAAUUAAUAUGCUGGACAACGCCGAUGAAUGACGAAGUCCUGAGGUGUUUGUGUGUGUGUGCACGCAGCAUGCCGCUAAGAGGACCGGUGAGGCGAGCACAGUGAUCAGAUGCUCCCAUCGAGGAGGACGCAGAUGGACAGCUUAGUACAGCCUCUUGUAGCCCAGUACCUUGCCAUGGGCUGUCAAUCAAAAGACAACAACAAAAGUGAAAGUAUUGCCACGGAUGAUAAGGGGAAAGACGAUGCGAGAGGGACUCCAGGAUGUGGCUCCAGGUCUAGAGUUUCCCCUCCAGGACGUCCUCAAAGGUUCCACAAACCUGGUCAGGUCCAGAUCCCCAUGGGGAAACCCACGAUGUCACUGGGCCAUCUUAACAAGGCCAGCUGGGAGGAGCUCAUCCAUGCUUGUUUGCAGGCCUUUGAUUCAGACGGUUACGUGUGUGAGCGAAGCCAUUUAUUGAACAUAACCUUGACCAUGCAUCGUCUCCUCAUCUCCUCCAGUGAUCUGUUGGAUAAGCUUAUAGAUUUAUUUAAAAGUGCCAUGGACAAUGAACAGCCAGGAGAGUGCCAGAGAAUAUGCUACCUCAUCAGACAUUGGAUUCAGGAAUUCUGGAUGAUGUUCAGGCUGCAUCACAGCUUGUCAGACAGCUUGGACCAGCUCCGAGAUCUGAUCAGGGAGCAGGGACAGGAGCAUCUCUGCUGCCUACUAGAGACCAAAUGGAUCAACGAGCGGGACUGGUCGUGGAAGGCCAGCCAGAAGAUGAAAGCUAACAGCAGUAAAAAGAGGAAGGUCUCGCUUCUUUUUGACCACCUGGAGCCGAUCGAACUGGCUGAGCAUCUCACUUUCCUGGAGUUUAAAUCAUUUUGCAGGAUUUCUUUUAUAGACUACCAGAAUUACAUCCGCAACUGCUGCAUGAAGGACAUCCCCGUGAUGGAGCGUUCCAUCGCCUUGUGCAACGGGGUGUCCCAGUGGGUUCAGCUGAUGGUGUUGAGCAGACCUACGGCUCAGCUCAGAGCUGAGGUUUUCACCAAGUUCAUUCACGUGGCACAGGGUUUACACCUCAUGCACAACUACAACUCGCUAAUGGCAGUGGUGGGAGGGCUUUGUCACAGCUCCAUAUCCAGACUGAAGGACACCACCUCCCAUGUACCCAAUGAGGUCAUCAAGGUUUUAAAUGAAAUGACAGAUCUGCUCUCCUCAUGCCGAAACUUUGAUAACUAUAGACAAGCGUACAACAAGUGUACAGGUUUUAAAAUCCCCAUCCUGGGCGUACACCUAAAAGACCUCAUCUCAGUGAAUGAGGCAAUGCCGGACUACGUGGAAGACAAUAAAGUCAACGUGCAGAAGCUGCAGGCCCUGUACAGCCAUAUCAACGAACUGAUGCAACUCCAGCAGAUCCCUCCCAAACUGGACGCCAACAAGGACUUGGUCCAUCUCCUAACGCUGUCCUUGGACCUUUACUACACUGAGGAUGAAAUCUACGAACUCUCUUACGCCCGGGAGCCCAAGAACUGUAAAGCCCCUCCAGCCACUCCAUGUAGACCUCCAGUGGUUGUAGACUGGGUAUCAGGAGUGGCUCCUAAGCCCGAUCCUCGCACAAUUAGCAAGCAUGUGCAAAGAAUGGUGGACUCUGUGUUCAAGAACUACGACCACGAUGAGAAUGGCUUUAUUUCUCAAGAGGACUUUGAGAAAAUCGCCGCCAGUUUCCCCUUUUCCUUCUGUGUCAUGGACAAAGACAAAGAGGGGCUCGUCAGUAGAGAUGAAAUCACAGCUUAUUUCAUGCGGGCAAGCGUCAUCUGCUCCAAACUUGGCCUGGGGUUUGUUCAUAACUUUCAGGAGACCACUUACAUGAAGCCCACCUUCUGCGACAACUGCUCCGGAUUUCUGUGGGGUGUCAUCAAGCAAGGUUACAGAUGUAAAGACUGCGGGAUGAACUGCCACAAAUUGUGUAAGGACCAGGUGGCUUUUGAGUGCAAGAAAAACCCCAAAGUGAACAUCAACAAUAACAACACCGACAGUCCCACGCUCAGCUCUACGCCUGUUACCGCGGGAACCUCAGACGGUUCUGACGAGUGUCCUUUCCAGUACCCACUUGAUGACAGCAAAGACUGGAGUCCAGACUCUCCAGUCAGCUCACAUUUGAGGCUAAACCGGGUCCACAGUGCCACUCAGACCGACGGUCCGCCACUGUCCCCAGAAGCCUCUUGCCCUCACCCGUCUUUACUGGUACCGUCAGGGUCCACUCCAUCGGGGACGGCCCUCAGCCCGCUGCGCCAGAGGAAACAGCGACACUGUGCCAAGUGGGAAAACCGAAUUUCAGUCGUACAGAAGCCCAGGGAGCCGGAAGAAGAGAGAAAAUCCAUCACCGAAGGCCUGCAAUCAGAGAACGAGAGGCUCCAAAAAGCCAACGAAACAUUAAACAGGAAGUUGAAGGAGGCCGAGCAGGAGGUCGAGAUGUUAAAGACGCAGCUGAAGAGGCAAGCACUCCAUCCUGUGGAGGAGGACGAAUCAUCCUAGACGCAUCAAGUACUUAAAGAACAUUGAUUCUCCCCAACCAAGAGUACAGUUGAAAUCGAUACACUAUAGGCGUGACAAGAUAGACUUUUUUGGAUCGUAUGCCAAACAUGGAGUAUGAUUAACACGGCACGUUAAGCUGUUUUGAGAACCGACAAUGUGAAAACCAAAUUUAGUUUUUAGAUAAAAUGUGCUUGAUAAUUAUCGACACAUGCGCACAAUUACUCCAAAAUUUUCUCGAAGUGCCAACUUUACCAGUUAACAUGGAUGUUUGACUUCAACAGCCAUCAAUGACAGUGAAUGUGUUAUAAAGAUAAAGUGGAACAUUAGGUUGUUUCUAAUGUUGUUUCAGGUAGUAACCUGUCUGUGACCCACCCAAAAGCCUUAUGAGAUUUGCUGUUACAGUGGGGCAAAUAAGUAUUUAGUCAACCACCAAUUAUGCAAGUUCUCCUACUU